CCCAGGUGUGUCCCCCGGGACCAACUUUUUGUUCGCUCUGUAGCAUGGUCACUCUCUGUCUCAACACCGAGUAGAACGUGCACAAUCUGAACGAACACAUGAUGGCCACCUCCAACGCCACAAUUUUCCUCACUGGUGCCAAUGGCGGCCUCGGCACUGCUAUUGUCGACGACAUCAUCUCAAAGGCCGAAUUCUCUGGCUGUCAUGGCAUCUACACCGUCCGAGAUGCGAAGACCUCCACUUCGCUCCACUCGGCGCUGCAAGCCUCUCAGUCUCACUCGCACGAGAUACUGUCGCUCGACCUUUCCAAUCUAUCGAAUGUGCGCCAAGUUGCGGCAACUGUCAACGCCAAGGUUGCCAACGGGGAGAUCCCGCGAAUCAAAGCCUUGAUUCUUAACGCAGCCUAUAGAGAACAUCAGGGUCAGACGAGGACUGAAAGCGGCCUGGAUAUUGCCUUUGCGAGCAAUUAUUUAGGACAUUGGCUGCUAGUGCUGUUGUUGUUGGAAAGUAUGGAUCAGGAGUCUGGUAGGAUAGUUGUCGUGAGUAGUUGGGUUCAUGAUCCUCUCGACGAAGGCAACAAAGCCUCGGGUGCAUAUGAGGACCCCAAGUGGAAGAAGAUAUUUGUCGACACCAAAAGCGAGACCCUUGAGUCUGUUGCCCAGGGGACUUGGAGCCCCCCCGGUGACCCAUCAAAGGAUCCAUACGGUCUUGCUGCAAUCAGGCGCUACGGGGCUUCUAAGCUGUGUCUGGUCAUGAUGAUUAUCGAACUCCAGCGUCGACUCAACUCAGAUCCCAAACUGAGCGGCAUCUCGAUCCUGGGCGUCGAUCCCGGAUUGAUGCCAACCAAGAUCACUACAGGCAGCCUUGGAUGGCUAAUCAGGUCCAUAUAUACGCUUGUGAUGCACAUCUCGGGUCGCAUCUGGCCGAACGGCUCGCUGCGACUGAAGUCGAAGUCGGCAGGCGAUGUGCUCGCGGCUGCCAUCAGCACAAAGCCUCCUUUUGGUGAACGACCAAAGGGCCUGUACAUGAAUGGUUCUGAGCCCAAAGAAGUGAGCGUCGAGGCACAGGACGAGCAAAAAAGGGCCAAUGUAUGGAAGGCGAGCAUCACCUACACAGGUCUGAAGGAUGGGCAGACCUGCCUGGUCGAUUGGGCGUAGUGAUUUGACAUAUUAUCAUGACCAUUUCAUAAUGUGAUUCCCCAGGUCAAAGCAA